CUCUGAGUUUGUGAUAAGAGAAAGAAAGACACAUGUGAAGAGUUUUCUGAAAACUAGUUCAUUUGUAGAGGAUUUGAAACAGCAUGGGAGGAAAGCUAUAGUGUGUCUCCAGUAUUUCAUUCAAGGGCUGUGUACUAUAGCCCCCCAAAAUACAUUCUUCUCCUCUGGAGAAGAUUCAGGGGGAUUCAGGAUAGGGGAGUGGAAUACAUGGUAAAGUGAACACUACCUCUGCACUGAAUUUUGGGUUGCAAAUCACACAGUUUCUGUUCUGGAACAGGCUGGAGGCAUGGGCACUGGGGCAGGGACGGGUAAGAGAGGCAGCUAGAGAAGUCAUUUGGUUGUGUUUCAGACUGUGACUUCUAAAUACUAAAAGCUGAUUCCCAUUUCCUUUCUCCCACUGCUGCUCGCCUCCAGUGUGCUUUACCUCCUGCUGCAGGCAUGUGGUCUGCCAUAGAAGUGUGGGUUGUAUUUUUUUUCGAUUUGACUAAGAGCAUAUUUCCUAAUCUAAACCCUUAAUGAAGACAAAAGGUCUGUAUUGCAGGGUAGGAAGAUAUUAACCAGAAACAUGUUAUUAGCAGGGAAGAGUCAUUCUCCGUAUGUCCAUGUUUUUGAAUGACUUAAUUGAGGAGAAGAGCUCUCUUCUGAUAAUAGCUUUUUGCAUAGGGUGACAACGAGGGUGGAAUGGUGGAGAUGCUGUGAUGCCUGCUUUCUUGAAAAGGUUCAUUAAGCCAUUAUUAAAGUGAUUGUAACCAAUUCUGUUACAGAUCCAGAGCGCUUUGAUAUGCUAGCCAUUUGCAUGGCAAUCUCUCAAGGGAGAAAACAAGUGUUGCAGAGGCUCUGAGUAUUUAAUUUUUGAUUGAUCUUCCAUAGAAUUUUACAAGAUAAAGCAGAGUGGAAAAUACUCGGAUAUUACCUGGAUGUUGUUCACGUACACUAAGACAUAGACUUUGGCUGUAUUUUUGAGAACCGCUUGAAGCUAGAAAUCUGAAAGGAUGCCUGUGCCGCCGCCGCCACCACCACCACCUCCUCCACCACCUCCACCUCCUUCUGGAGGGCCCCCUCCACCACCACCUCUGGCAAGUUCAGAGGUACCAAAGCUGCGAAAGGAAGACCAAAAGGCACGGAAUGCACUCUUAGCUGAUAUCCAGCAGGGAACUCGCUUAAGAAAAGUGACUCAAAUCAAUGACCGCAGCGCACCACAGAUUGAGAAACCCAAAGGAAUUAACAGAGAUGCAGUUAACCCAGCUGUUAACAAAAGUGGCCCUCAGCAGCCCCUGGGAGGCUUAUUUGCAGGUGGCUUUCCUGUCCUCAGACCAGCAGGCCAGAGGGACAUGUCAGCUGGGAAGCCCGGGCAGCUCCCUGGCAUCCGUCCAGCGGCUCCCAAGCCCGCUGCCCCACCGAAUAGCAGCGCUGCCAAGGCGAGCAGCGUCCCCUCGCAUCCCACCGAAGGCCCCAGGGCACCUGCUCCACCAGACCCCCCCAGCGCCCCCCGAGGGCCCGGCACCGUGCCCGGGCGGCCCAGCCUGCCGGCACCCCCUCCGCCGCCGCCUGCUGCCAGCAAACCUUCCCUCACCUUCCCCCCUCCUCCCGCUGUGCCCCCCCCAGCAGAGCGCCCUCCCAAGGGGGUGUCCCCCAGCGCAGCCCCUCCUCAGCCUGACAAACUCACUAAGCUUCAGGCAGGUGCUCCACACGCACCCCCUCCACCUCCUCCUCCUCCUCCUCCUCCUCCCCUGCCCUUUGUGCCCCCCUGCGGGUUUCCAAGCAGGACAACCGAUUUCCCUGCUGCUGCUCCCACCCCGGCUGAAGGCAGGGAUUGUCUGCCCCCCACCCCGCCUCCUCCCCCGCCCCACGCGCACCCCCUGACCUCCAACAGGCUCUCCUUCCCACCCUCCCCAGCCUUUAACAGCGCUCCCGGCAGCGCUGACGUGCCCCCGCCGCUGCCCCCCAAGUCUCCCAACCUGCUGUCCCAGCUCCACAAGCCAAGCAGCAUCCAGUCCUUGCCGCUCCCUCCCACCCCCAGCCUCCAUCAGCCUGUAGCAGCGGUGGCACCAGAGACCAGGAAGAAGAGGCCCGGCCGAGGCACAGGAACUGGUGCUGGGAAGCUAGUCACACCUCCACAGCCACCAGCAAGGUCACCUACAACUGAGCUUACCAGCAAGUCUGGAGUCUCAGCCUGGGCUGCAGCUCAUGACCCCUACCCACCACUUAAAAAUGGAAACAUGCACAUCAUCGAUGACUUUGAAUCUAAAUUUACUUUCCAUUCUGUGGAAGAUUUCCCCCCACCUGACGAAUUCAAGCCAUUUCAGAAAAUCUAUCCCAGCAAGACAGCUAGAGAUCCCUCCAAAAAUCCUCCAUUAAGAACACACGUUAGAUGAGAAGAGUCUUUUGAUGCUCUCUGGAUUCAAAAAAGAACAACAUCAAGAUAAUAUCUGAAACAGAGGGGUUCCCAUUACAGUGAUAGAGAUUGUAUUUGAUUUGCAAGUGCUGCGCUGUUAACAUUCUAUAGACUGGAACAGCAAUGUACAUCAUGCUUUUUGAACUGGACUACAUACUACAGGAGUGUUAGUAACAGCUUUUAAAUUACUGUAUAUAGGUGGAUACUUUUUAAGAAAAGCAGCAUAAAAUUGAAAUUCUUUGUAGUGUUGAAACAAUUCUCAAUCAUGCUGACACGUUACCUCAGGAUACUUUUUUGCAAUACAUGCCUGGAGUUAAUUUUUCCCCUUCCAUCAUAAUUUUAAAGUAUCUUGGAAAUUCUCCAGUUAUUAUUCAGCCAUUUUUCAAUGAACUGCCAGAAGCUAACAUGCUACCUUUAGUCUCUUUGUACGGUCCUUUAUUUCUUCUAUUCUGCCUAUCCUCAGAUCGCAGCAGAAUAUCACUUUCAUGAACAGAUGGGCCCACAAUCCUCUUCUCAUCAAUCAUGAAGAGGACAGAGAUGACCAGGAGCUGUGGCUGCUGUUGAGCCUACCUCCUAUUGAAUACAGAUCCUUAUAGGAUAGUGCCUGAAGAAGCCCAGCUGGGUAGGGUGGUCAUGGACUUGACUUGAGAAGGAAGAUGGAAAUUUUCCAAACUGGAAGAAAAGAGAAGUUGUUCUACUGUAAGCAAAAAAAAAAACCCAAUGGUGUGUGUGAAUACACAUGCUAUGAAGUAUGUAUGUAAGGGCAACUGUCCUGUAUUUCUGGCUGGCCAAAUGGUUAUUUACCAUUUUGUGUGAUGGACUGUCUUUACCCAGCAAUUAGGAGGCCUUUGGAUGAGUGGUCCAAAGCCUACAUUUUAAACAGGCAACUAGAGCUACUACUGUUCACACAAGGCAGUGAGGAUUCAUUGUCCAAAAUACACCAUGUGGAGCAAGCACUCCCCAAAGAUAGAGUUGGCUGAAAAAAGGUAACAACCUACAGCAAAGACAUGAGCUUCUGCUUUUCAUAUGCAGCCUGGGGUAAGGUCUUUGGAUUGCAGAAGUUCAGGUCUGGUCAAAAGCAAUCUAUUCCCAGCACAAAUUACUCUUGUGCAUUUCACUG